AUGGAGUCAGACAAUUCAGAUAGAUCUAGAAGUGAUUAUUCGCCUGCAAAUUCUGCUAAUCAGUCUGAUGUCAGUGAUGAUGAUUAUGUACCAAACUACAGAAGAGGGAGAGGUCGAGGGAGAGGUCGUGGAAGAGUUAGACGGGUUUUGAAUUCCCCAGCAGCUGGGGGUAGAGGUCGUGGUAGUGCCAGGAGAGGAAGGAGAAGAGGGGGAAGAGGCGGCCAAGGACCAAGUCGACUUGAAUUAGCUGUCCAAGCAAGGCAGGAAAGAGAAGCUCAUGCGGAGACUUGCAUUGCAUCAUUAGACACCGACAGCCUCAGAAAUGCUCUUAGAUUAGUGUGCUCUAAGCAACCAUCUUUCAUCCUGGACAUCAUUCACACAGUUCAAGGUGAAAAUCCAGAGCAUCCACAACAUUCAAGCAGUACAGUUCCAAGCUGGUGCAUUUGCACCCAUUGCAGGGAAAUGCCCUUGGAAAGAGAAAAAGUUUGCUGCAAUAAAUCCAGUCAGAGUUGUCACUCCAGAUUACCUGAUUUUCAAACAGUUGUUCUUGAUGAACUUGUGUUGGAGGUAGCCAUGAGAUACCACAACGAUGUGCUGGCUGAACCUAGGGAUGAGAACUUUAAUAGGUCUCGCCGACACACAGCGUACAGGCAGUAUAUUAUGUGGAUACAUGGGAGACUAGGUGCAGGAAAUCGCAAAGUUAUACCCAGUUGUUGUGUGUGGAAAAUUAGGGAUAAAUAUCCCGAGCCAUCAGGACAAUAUGUUGGUUUCCUAGAAGGGGUGCUUGGAUACUAAGUCAAUUUAAAACAAAACACAUUAAAUCAGUAACAACAUA